AACAUAAAUAAAACGUCAAAAUUAAUCCAGUUGCAUUGCAAGUGGUGAACAUAAACCGUCGAUGAGAAGUGAUAAUUUCUUCUUUUUAAAAACAAAUUUUCUCUAUUAAAUAAUAAAUUCCUAUUCAAUGGACUCUCAAAUUAGAAACUUCAAAGAUUUCCUUCUCUUAUACAACAAAGUAACUGAGUUGUGCUUCACAAGUUGUGUGGACAACUUUUUUACCAGAAACAUUGGGAUCAAUGAGUCGGAAUGUGUUGACAAAUGUGUAACAAAAUUUGCCCGCUUUAACCAAUCUAUGAUGAGCGUAUAUGUUGAGGUACAAACCGAUAUCAACUUCCGUCGAAAUCAAGAGCUUGAAGCUGCAACCAAACAAGCUGCUGAAGCAGCUGCUGCGAAUGCUUCUGCUGCACCACCAUCAAUAACAAUACAAACUCCAACUAGUGACAAUACGAUAGGAAGCGUAUCAAACGCUACAGUCUAGUCAAGCAUUUGAUUUCUUUUCUAUUACAAUAAGAUUUAUAAGUUUUAAGUUA